UUCAAGGUGCCACUUUUACUCAAAAUAAACCGCUAUUUAGUCUAAAUAAUUUGCUUAUUGCUUGUUUAGUGUAUAAUAAAAAAGAGUAUGUCUGCGUCUGCCCUUGAGACAAUAGAUGUGGAACUAUUAAUAAGUUUAGUUCAGCAAUUUCCUUGCAUAUGUAACAAGAAAGACCCAAAUUACAAGGAUAACGUAGUUAUUAACAAUGCUUGGACUGAAAUUGGAACUACAAUUGACGAGCAUGUGGAAUCCUGUCAGACAGUUUGGAAGUAUCUCAAGGAGAAAUAUUGCAGAGAGAGAAAGGCAUAUGAAAAACGAACAUUGAGUGGAGCACCUGCCGAAGACACAUCAAAAUGGGAAUAUUACGUUGCCAUGAAUUUCUUAGAUAUUCAUAUGCAAAGACGCACCACAAUUUCUAAUCUGAAACGGAAAGUUGAGGAUACUAAUUCUAUUGCCGAUAUUGAAUCAACUGAAAUUGUAUCUCAACAGACCGAUUAUUACGAGACACAACAUACAGAAUAUGAAGACUUUGUGCAGGAGAAUGCUUCUGAUGAUCAAAAUGAACAAUUUAAUCAGCUUGCAUUAAAGGGAAAAACAAUUGUCAUCAAUAAGUCCAGGUUGCUUCCAUACACUUCGGAAACCCCUCAGGUAACACCUAUGCAAACGUCUCUACAUCUGACGAGACAAACACACCUAACCGAGGAUGUUGAAUCUCAGGCUGCUCAGAUCUCAACAUCUAGUACUAACAAAAAAAGAAUUCUCCAUGCACAGCCUUCUAAAUUUACAAGCGUUUGUAACAAUACACCAACAAAACCCGCGAAGAAGGUGCCAAGUGAAAUUGAUGCGGAAAUUGUAAAGAGCCUGCAGUUUUUUAGGAAUAAACAAGUACAAGAAGAUGAGGAUGAUAUAUUUUGUAGAAUGUUAGCCACAGAGAUAAAAAAAAUUACAAAUCCUGUAGUAAAACAUAAUCUUAAGAAAACAUUAUUUCUUCAGGUGUGGGGUGGAGACAUGUAA